AUGAACAGUGACGUGCGAAGUGAGUACGACUCCUCUUCGGGCUCAGAGGAUGAGCCGUCGGCUCUACGGGAACGUACCCCUCGUCUUUCUUCUUCCACGCAGUCUUCCUCACCAACAGAUCCAGUCACUGCUCCUGUCCCUGCUCAUCUUCAUCACCGCCACCACCAACUCCAGCAACAGAAACUGCAGCAGUUACACGUGAGAACUAGUGGGCUUGAUGAUGCCGCUGGUGGUGGUGGCAGCAGUGGUGGUGGCAUCAUUAACGCCUCUCCCUGUCCUGCUGAUGCAAACUCACAAACCAGCCCAGCUCAAGACCCUGAUGUUGGUGGUGAUUCCGGUGAUGAUGACGACGUAGGCCCUUUUGCGCUCUGGUAUCUCCAUACUCUUCAGGGGUUCUCGUAUUCCUCCUGUGUUCCACUGGAAACCGGUAUGUUCACCGUUUUAAGUGAAUUAAAAAAAACCACCUAUACCCAUGCUUACAUCAUUGGACAUGGUAAAGUUUCCUAG